AUGAUCACCAAACAAAACCACCCACUUUUGUUGCUCACCUUGGUAUUGGGUGAAUUAAUAUUUUUCAUUGCAAUAACCACUGCCCAAGUGAACAACCAGGAGUGCCGCCAAACAUGCGGUUCCUCCGAGCCCUUCCCUUACCCUUUCGGAUUCUCCUCCGGCUGCGUAAUCCGUUUGAAUUGCACGGGCGGCAGAGCCUCCGUUGGAGAAUUCCCGGUGCAAAAGGUGAGCGUGUACAACAUCAUCGUGAACAUCGAAGCUCGGUGCAAUCGUCCAUUCGAUAGUUUUCACCAACUCUUCAGCCACAAAUACGCGCCCACUUGGCGAAACGUGAUUCUCUUAGAUAACUGUACCGGAACGCCCUUACCCUGCUCCAUACCGGAGAAUCUGGUGCGGACCCAUUUCGAAUCCGCGGGGUGCAGCACCACAGGAACGGGCAAUUUGAGUUGCUACUUCGAGAACAUAACUAACGGUUUCGUGAAUCGCCGAAAAUUGGACCCAAUCGGGUGCAACUACUUCAUAUCGUCUCUUUCAUCACCCGAUGUUAAAAACGUUUCCGGUGAGCCUCUGUCUUUGGAUGUAAAUACAAUCGAACUUGGCUGGUGGGUCAAGGGAGAUCGAUGUCUAUGUUCCGAUCACGCCAAUUGCACCGUGCUUCAAUCCCCGGUUGACGGAAAGGCCGGUUUCCGCUGUAGCUGCCGCGAAGGCUUCGUCGGCGAUGGAUUUUUGGCCGGAACCGGUUGCCGCAAAGCCUCGUCAUGCAACCCAGCCAAGUACUUAUCUGGCCGAUGUGGAGGAACAACGAGAUUCAUUGUCUUAAUCGGAGGGUUUGUGAUUGGCGUAUCGCUGAUUGUUACCGCGUGUUCACUAUGUUGUUUCUUCCGCCGGCGCUCCAAAUUGAGAGUCACAAAGAGCACGAAAAGGAGAUUAACCGAAGCCACCGGCAACAAUGGUGUUCCUAUAUAUCCCUACAAAGACAUUGAGAGAGCCACGAAUAGUUUCUCAGAGAAACAACGGUUGGGAACUGGGGCGUACGGAACGGUUUAUGCUGGGAAAUUGUACAGCGAUGAAUGGGUUGCCAUCAAAAGAAUAAAACACGGAGACACAGACAGUAUUGAGCAGGUAAUGAACGAGAUCAAGCUCCUUUCCUCUGUGAGCCACACCAACUUAGUUCGCUUGUUGGGUUGCUCCAUUGAAUACGGAGAACAAAUCCUGGUGUACGAGUUCAUGCCCAACGGAACACUGAGUCAGCAUUUGCAGAAAGAGAGAGGGAACGGUCUUCCUUGGGCGGUUCGACUGACGAUUGUCACUGAAACCGCACAAGCCAUCGCACAUCUUCAUUCAGCCAUUAGCCCCCCCAUUUACCACCGAGACAUUAAGUCCAGCAACAUACUUUUGGACUACAAUUUCAGGUCAAAAGUGGCAGAUUUUGGUCUUUCUAGACUUGGAAUGACCGAAACAUCGCACAUUUCAACUGCCCCACAAGGAACUCCUGGCUAUGUCGAUCCACAAUACCAUCAAGAUUUUCAUCUCUCUGACAAGAGUGAUGUUUAUAGUUUUGGUGUUGUUCUUGUUGAGAUCAUCACGGGGCUAAAAGCGGUAGACUUUUCACGUCCGCAUAAUGAAGUGAACUUGGCUUCUCUUGCUGCAGAUAGGAUUGGAAAAGGGCUUUUGGAUGAGAUUAUAGACCCAUUCCUUGAACCCGAAGCAAAGAGUGAUGCUUGGACCCUUUCCUCCAUACACAAGGUGGCUGAGUUGGCAUUUAGAUGCCUAGCGUUCCACAGGGACAUGAGGCCUUCGAUGACUGAAGUGGCUUGUGAAUUAGAGCAACUUAGAUUGAGUCAAUGGACAACAUUGGGAGACAACAAUUGUGCAACCUCAACGGAGUUGUCCUCUUGUUCUUCCUCCUCCAAUGAAAGUGAGAAACCACUGAGUACCACAAAGAACGUUGGAGCAAAGGGUAAAGGGUACCUUAAGAUCCAAACUAGGCCUAUUCCUUUAAAAUCAUUACAAAGGCCUAAUAGUAAUUCACCAGUCUCGGUGCAGGACCAAGAGUUAUGGUUGAGUGAACAGAGUUCUCCUUCAUCAAAUAGUUUUCCAAGCAAGCCAUUUGAUUGA